CCAGCUCAACUUUAGUCUGCAGAGCGGAUAUUUUGCGGAGCGGAUCCGACGGGUACUCCUGUGCAGAGUGUUUGACAAUUAGUAUGCAUUGUCCCGCAAGCCCAAAUAUAUGCAGAGACGCUUCUGGAACUUUCUAAAAUUUACAUAAGUAUAAAAACUUGUAGGUUUAGCUCGACAUUUCAUUCAUUAUUAGUGUGUGUGUUCAAGCAAUAAAACUUUUGCCAACCGGAGUAGUUAACAGAGUGCAUAUACGAGUGAAGGUGAGUGAAUACAAGAGAAGGUGAGUGCAUACAAGUAAAUGUGAGUGCGUACAAAUGAAGGUGAGUGCAUACCAGUGAACAUGGCUGAAACGAAGUGAAGGAAAUUGCGUACAAGUGAAGGUGAGUGCGUAUAAGUGAAGGUGAAUGCAUUAAGGUAAAUGUCAAUGAAUACAAAUGUAUGGAAGUGUGAGUUGAUCUUUUUGCCAUAUUAGGAUAUACCAUAUAUGGUAUAAACAUUAAGUGCCCUAUAUGCAUGCAUGAAGUUCUUGCCAAUCUCGUUCCCAGAGUCAUCGUUCCCCUUGACCAGCGGUCGGAAAACUAGAGCUCUGGUUGUUGCGGGGGAAGACCGGGGGAAGGAGAAAGCCCCGGAAGACUGUGGGAACGGGAUUGAGUUCUUGCCGGAAAAGCUCUUCGUACAGGAACGCUUGCUACGCAGGCUAUGGCCUUAAAAGAAGACAAGUCUCUGGUAGUACACAAUGCCUACCGCUAUCCUGAGCUAACCACUUUUGGCCCAGAAAUAACCCUGAAAGUGCCGAAGCUUGACUGCCUUAUUUCAGUGAUAGCGGAUGCUGACAGAGUUCCAUCAUUCUACUACUGGAUUGUGAGUGGUCUGCAAACAGCUAGUUACUGUACUACUGCUUUAAAUGUGUUGGAAGGUGGUGACUGUAUUACUUCAAUAAAUGGAACAAGUACUGUUGACAAAGACAAAACCUUUUUUGAGAGAAUGAAACAUCAUAAAUGCAGUCAUAAUGAUGUGCUGAUUCUUAAAAUAAGAAAGCCAGUAGAACACCAAGAAUAUAAUCUCUGGGAUCUAACGCCAGUGAAGCCUGACAUUAAAGAAGGACUCAAGAACCUGCCUUUUAGUCUUCACAUCUUUUACCCGGAUUUAAAUGACAGCAGCAAAACAUAUGCACUGGUUGACAAGAUUAACUUGCAACAAAGGAAAGACCUGAAGGGUCUAAAACGAGGAGAUAAAGUUACUGAAAUCAAUGGGCACAUACUUCAAAAUAAGACGCCAGAAGAGCUCCAACAUAUUGUUCACCGGCUUCAUCCACAAGAGCAGAUCACACUAACCUUUGAAAGAAGGAAAUGGAGGCAGAAUGGACAUCUCACCAGAUAUGCCAUUGAGUCACCGGCAUGUCUGGCAUGGAGACGACUUCAAGUUGAGUUGAGGGCAAUUAAGAGCAAAUCAAAGAUCAAUCCUGGUCAAAGCUUUUUGUUUUUAUUUAUUGAGAAUCAGCUUGAACAACCCUGCGCAAUUAUCACACACAUUUUUGCUGGUCAGACACCUGCUGCAAUGUGCCAAUACCUCAACCCAGGAUGCAAAAUAACAGCAAUUAAUGGAGAGUCAGUUAAAGGUCUCAGUUACCAUGAGAUGAUUACCAAGCUAGAAAGAGCUAAAACAUCAGUGGUGUUAUCAAUAGAGGAACCCACAGGUUUUCUGCUUGAAGGAAGUUCUCCUCCUUCCAGAAACACAUGGCCAUCAGAGACAGAACAUGGAUGUCUACAUAAAUCCCAUAGUGAUAGACAGAUUCGCUAUGCUUACAGUUCUGAAGCAGACAACAACUUGCAAAGAACUGAUUUAACUUGUAAACAAAAGCAACAGUCCACAAGCGAUGUUGUCUGUGAUGCCAAACCCAUGUUUCUGUCUGAAUCCGGGUCCAUGCCCCCAGCAUCGGAUUACAACACAGGAUUCAUUGAUGGAGCAAGCAGUAGCCCUGGCUGCCGAAGCGUACAGAAACCAGGCAGUCCAAAUCUUGUGCCCUCAGUGCCACAUGAUCAUGAAACAGCAACGGACCAAGACAUGCCUGUUUCCCAGGACUGUUUGCCAAAUACUACACCUGACAAACUAAAACUAACUAUUGAUCAUAUUCCAAGGAAAAUUUUCCAUUUGCUUUGCACAAAGCUGGAUACCCUAAGCUGUCUCUACAAUGACUACCGUCUUUUGGCUGAUGAGCUUAAAUUUCCUCCGCAGGAGAUUUCCAUCCUCAGUAGUAGUAAAGAACCUACCUGUGAACUCUUAAAUACAUGGCUCAAACGAAAGGGUAGUGAGGCCACUGUCAAGGUGUUGCUGGGUGCCUUCCAAGAAAUGAAGCGGCAGGACUUAUGGCAGUUAUUGCAAAACUGGGUAGAAGACUGCUCUAAUUAAAGGUUAGUGCUUUGUGAAGCAACAAGGCAAUGUAAGGGAGAUCUUGCAUGUAGAAAAACGUUGUGAGAAAGAUGUUUAGUAGCUAAAAUACGUUAAAUUACAUGUUCUGCAGUGACUAUAGUGAGAGGAGUGUGAUAUAAAAGAGGAGCUUUUUAUGGAAUAGUAAUUAUUCAUUAGCAAUCUCUGAGCCUAGAAAAGUAAUACUAGUUUGGGCAAGUUGUGACUUAAAAAAAAUUGAACUAUUUUUUUGGAGGUCUUUAAGAGAACGAACUGUACUUGAGUAAACUUCAAAGAUGAAAAUAAAAAUUGGUCAAAGUACCAGUAUAUACAUACCAGUAUAUUAAUAAAUAUAACUGGAUCAUAUUUUAGGUUAUAACAAACAAUGGAAUGGUUACAUGUAUUAAUCUUUAAAUAUUAUGAAUAGGCUGUAAUUAUUUUUUCAUUAUAAUUUUUUUAUCAUCAGUUUUUAUUCAACUGCAAAGAAAAUAGAAACUGUUUGUUGUCAAUUAGUAAACACCGUGUAUUAUUGUUAUCUUUUUCGCAAAGUGGCAUUAUUUUUCCCAAAAAAACAAUAAAUACGUUGUGAGUAGUACUAGCUGUAUAGUAUAUAUUGUUUGUCUUCUAAUUAACAAUUAGAUUAUAAGAUCAAGAUUUCUAUAAGGUGAUAGGUGAUAAGGUCGUGGACCUCAGCAACUAUCACCUCAUAGAUAUCGAGAGCGAAUAAUAUAAUUGUUUUAGAAGAAUUGUAACAAAUAACAAUUUCAAAUCGUUCAAAUCAAAUAACAAUUUGUUCAUUCUUUCUCAGCGUAGCAUUUAACUUCACGCUCUAGAAAAAAUAACGCGGAUUGCAUUGGUUUUUGAAACUUGCAGUUGUGCAUGCAUGUUCAUUAGUUCAUUGACAAAUGUCACAUAAUGGUCAGUUUCCUUUCUCGCAUGUUCUUGAGAAUUUCAUCAUUCAGUAAUAUUUCUAAAAUAUCCUCCACAAAACAUUAGCGAAACAAAAAAACAUCGCCAACACUGCAAUUAUAUGUAGACGACCUGCAGCCACUGCACUCCAAUAAACAAUGAAAUACAAGUAGCUUAGCCAAUCACAUUGCAUUAGUAUACUAGUAGUCAAGAUCCUACUAUGAAAUAUUUAUUUUUAUAUAAGCUGGCGUUUUUCCCGCCACAGCGUGCCCAUUCAUUGGCUUGUUUAUGGUCACAUGGCAUCUAACAAUGAAACUGUUUACCGCCAAAUGCCAUGAGCGGGCAACAUUGCGAAAACUAUGAUGGCAAAUGGGAAACAGUUCACUGUUACCCGCGAAAUGUUGACCGCUGUUGCACGUGAUCAGAUUGUGCAUUUGAAGGUGGCCUGAUGUUGUCGCUGGAGUGUCCGCGCGCUUUUUUUAACAUUUGCUCUUGUUUUGUUUUGCUACAUAACAAAUCACUUAAUGACUGGCCACUUGGGAAACAGUGAAUUUUGUUUCCCUCGAAUCUCAAUGUUCCCUCGACUUCGCCUCGGGAAACAAACUUCACUGUUCCCCUCGGGACCAGUCAUUAGGUGUUUAGGGCGGUUUUUAACUGGUUGUUGUAAAACCAAAACCAAAACCUAAGUAAUUGUCUAAUUACUUUCUACACUCAACUGAAAACCGCUCUAAUGUUGGCUUAUUUAUACAAAAAAAGAACACCAUACAAUGUAGUGCAUUAUAGAGCAGCAUAUUGUAACAAAUUUAUAUGUAAAGUAGACAGAGUAUUGUCAGUGCAAGGUAGAAUAAGAAUAGUGCCUUAUUGUACGUGUAUGUAGAGCAAAAAAUCUAUUUUUAUAGCAUAUAAAUAUUACUAAUCGUACAGAAAGUAGAGAGUAUUGUAUCUUAUUGUAAGUAAGUAUUAUAGCGUACUUGUAAGUAGAGUUAACUUUGUAUUUUUAUUUUUUGUACGUAGCGUAAGUAUUGCUAGUAUCGUAAUUUUGAAAGUAGAGCAAGUAUUGUAAUGUAAAUGAUGUAAGUAUUGCUCUGAAAGUAAUCUAGUUAUUUUUUGGAAGUAGCAUAUUGUAGGGAAAGUAGAAAAUUGAGAAAGUAGAGUGCUGUAUGGUAAGUAAUGCGAUGUGUUUUCCAAAUUAAAAAAAGGAAACACGCUGUAAGAAAGCACACGUAGGCGGGUGCACUAAAAGCUUUCCUUCUGUAACUCAACAUAUAGAAACAGGUAACUUAAAUUGGAGUUGUUGCUGUAAUUCAUGAUGGUGCAAGCAAGGGGACUUUAAAUUUUGAUUAUCAAAAUAAACAAGUGAACUUGAAAAA